AUGCGGCACGUCGUUGCCCUGGUAGUGGUCAUCUCCGCCUUGGCCGCCUUCGUCUCUUAUCACCAGCUCCCCACCCCGCUGAGGACCGCCGGGGCCGAGUUGACCCCGCUGGCCCUCGCCAUCGUCUUCCCCCAGUUCCACGCCAUCCCCGAGAACGAUGAGCUCUGGGGCGUCAACUUCACCGAGUGGACCUUCCUCAAGCCCAUGCCGCGCCACGUCAUCGACGAGGUCAUCUACAAGCCCCACCCCGACCUGGGCUACUACAACAUUCUCGAUUAUGGGCACCGCCGGUUCAUGCGCGUGCUGGCCGACCGCUUCGGCAUCCACGGGUUCUGUUUCUACCACUUCUGGUUCAAGGACCACCCAGUGAUGCAUCGCCCGCUCGAGCUGAUGCUCAAGGAUGGGGAGCCGAAGAAGCCGUUCGUGCUGUGCUGGGCCAACGAGAACUGGACCCGUGCGUGGGACGGCUUGCCCAACGACGUCAUCCUCGCGCAGGACUACUCCGACCACGAGGGCAACGUCAAGCACUUCUACUUCCUGCUGCCCUUCUUCCGCAACAAGCGCAACAUCCGCAUCAACAAGCGGCCCGUGUUCAUCUGGUACCGCAUCGACAAGGAGCAUGCGGAGAUCGUCGCGGGCAUCAUGACCCUGUGGCAGGAGCUGGCCCGGAAGGAGGGCCUGCCGGGCAUCCACUUCAUGCGCUUCGGCCAACCGCCCACCAACGACUGGGCGCCGACCGACGACCAGGGCCUUCAAGGCUACGUUCAGUUCGAGCCCGGGUAUUCGAGCCCGUGGUGGAAAGUCGGGCGCCAACCGGCCGACGCGGGCCAGUGGGCCGGCUUCUGGCUAUUCAACGCGCCCGAGAUCUGGGCCACGUCGGAGCACCGCCGCCAGGGCCAGGCGAAGGAGUUCUACCGCGGCACCGUAUUGGGCUGGAACAACGCACCGCGGCGCGGCUGGACCAAUGGGAAUUAUGAGGGCUACCCGCGGAUCUAUCGCAAUGCGACAGCGGACGGAUUCGGGCGUCAUGUGCAACGCGUGUACGACCUGGCGGUCCAGGACACCAGCAUCAUUGCCGGCCCGGAGAACUACGUGUUCUUCGCGGCGUGGAACGAGUGGAACGAGCAGUCGAUUCUGGAGCCCAACGACGUAACCGGCUACGACAUGAUCACGACCGUCAAGCGCGCGUUCAAGCCCCACACGGGCAAGACCGUCGUGCACCUGUCCCACCCCGGCGGCGGCACCGAGGCCUACAUGAAGCACCUCAUGGGCCUCUUCGCCGACUACAACCACACCUGGAUCCAGGACGGCAACCCGCCGUCGCCGUCGAGGGACUGCGCGCUGCUCCACAUCCACAGCGCCAUGGUGCUGGAGGGACCCGGAUGGCGCGUGAUCGACAUCGCGCGCGCCUAUCGCGCGCGCAAGGUUCCAGUCUACGUGACGGUACACGACUACCAGUGGCUCUUCCCCACGCAACCCAAUCCAUCGCUCGAGGUGCUGCAGACGACCGAGCCCGGCAUCGGGAACAUGCGCAAUGCAUCGAAGCUGUUUCAGAUGGCCAACCGGGUCAUCUUCCCCGAGCGCUCGAUCUACGAGUACUACCGGACCCAGAUAGGCUCCAAGCACUGGGACGAGGAGAAGGUGGUGAUGGUGCCGCACAACGACCUCAUCAUCCACGACGACCGGUUCUACGUGGCCCCAGUGGCCGACAACACGAUCAACGUCGCCUACGUCGGCCGCUUCGUCGAGUUCAAGGGCGCCGAGCUCUUUCUGGCGCUUUCCAAGAGCGACGUGCUGCCGGCCAAGCACAACCUACAGUUCCGCUUCCACCAGUUUGGCGAGUUGGAACCGAGGCUGCGGGAGGGCUGCACCACUGUCGAGUUCUACGACCUGUACGACGACAAUGAGAUUGAGCUCAUCCUGCAGCAGCAGAAUAUCCACAUCGUCACCUUCCUGUCUAUCUUCCCUGAGACCUACUCCUACGUCACGACCAGGAUCCUGCGCGCCGGCAUCCCGGUGGUCUACCUGGCCCGCGGCGCGCUCACCGAGCGCCUGGCGCAGGUGAAGCACGCAUUCGCGGUGGACGAACCGACCCUGGCGAGCGUGGAGGCCGGCAUAUCGCGAGCAGUCGAGUUCGUCAUGGAACACCAGGGCGCCGACACGAUUCUCCGGGAGCAGAGCCCCAACAUCCAGCCCACCAAGUGGUACCUGAACAACUACCCCGAGAUCGCGGAGUUGUGA